AUGAAUGCGAAGGAGAACAAAGCAGAUACUCCGAGUGUGAAAAGCGAAAAGGACAAGCCGGAGAAGAACCUGUCCGUCGAUCCCGACGUA